AGUAACUUUAGGUUUACUUGAGCUUACUGUUAUUGGUGUUGAUUUAGAGCCAAUUAUUAGAUCUAGUAGACCUAAUACAAUUUUUUCUCUCCCUAUUAAUUAAGAAAUUCUAGAUAAAUCCAUUGGAGUAAUGGACCAGUAAUACCAAAGUAUUUGUUUAGCAAGCUAUGGUGGGGAACUUUAUUGAAUGCUUUUAAAUUUAGAGAAAUCUAAUAAACAGGAAUUUAGAUAAUAAGAUAUAGACAUACUUGAUAUAGAUCUAGACUCUAGAUCUAGAUUAUCUAGAGCCAGAUCUGCAUUUAUAAGAUAAGAAGAUAGAUCUAAGCCCUUUGAAAAUCCACCAGUUUGACCUAUUACUAGAUCUAAAGUCUAGUUGCUCUAGAUCUAAAUCUAUAUUAUUCAUAAAUGUGGAAAAUUUUCCGACCUCCUAUAUGAUUCUGUUGCUAUGGACGCAUGCCCAUUACGUAAUGUACAUUACAUCCGGUCAUCGGACAGUAGGCAAAGGUAUUGUUAAAAAAAAACGAUUUUGGAUUGGUUGGAGGCGUGGCUUAGUACACAGGCUCCACCUUUUCUAUUGACCACUUGUCAAUUAUCUUCGAAAUCUAGUAGUCAUCAGCUGAUUUAUAUUUUGACCACCAUAUAUAAUGGUACAUCGGCUAGAUUGACUUCAAUUUGAAAGUAUACGUCUUCUGAACCAAAUCGCAAUAGCCUUAUACUUAUAUCAGUAAUACAGUCAAGAAUCUCUGUGUGCUUAUCUACAUGACUUAGUCGAAUCGUUGUGGAUAUUGAAGACAUAGACAUAUGUCUGUUGUUUAAUUUCAACUUUUGGAUAAUCUUUCAUUGAAGUUGAAUUAUUUCUCUGGAUAAAUAUCCCGACAAAAAAAAAACUUGGAUUAUCAAAGUUGUUGUUUGUUGCCUAACUUUUGAUGGAGUUUUUGUAGUUAUGACAUUGAAUUGUGGACAUAAAAUAGUGAAGAAACGAUAACUUCAUUUAGAUUUGUUGAUGCUGGAGAAGAUGGAUGUUCUUACUCAGAGACAGCUCCAGUAUCUGGAAGAUAAGUACGUGACCAGGACCAUGAAGUGUGUGCCAGAAAAGUUCUUGGAAAUGUGUCACAUGCACCUGGCCUUCCUCUUGGACCUGAGUGGGGACAAACUCGAGCUUUUGCUCUCGGACUACGAACACGACUCAGACAAGAAGAAAAAAUUGGGAUUAACGAACGUGGCAGUAUUCAAGAGAAAAUCUGAUAAAAAUAAUGGCCUUUUUGGAUCACCUUUGACAGACGAGGGAGUCUGUCUCAUGCUACCUUUGAUCAAGUUUCUCAAAAUGGAAUCAAACGUCUGCAAAGAAGGCUUGUUCCGUAAACCUGGGAACUGUGUGAGAAUGAACACUUUAAGAGAGCUUCUAAUAUCCCAGGGGCCUUCAGUGAUGAUUGACCCUCAGGUGUACACACCCUAUGAUGUGGCUGGUGUAUUGAAAGAAUUUCUAAGGGAGCUGCCUGAACCAUUGCUCACAGACCGCCACAUGGAAGCACACCGCCAAAUCAUAGAUCUUGGAAAACAUGCCAGAACCCCAGAGGAUAAAGAACGCUACAACAAAAAGAAGCUCUCUGCUCUGCAGCUGCUGAUGCUCCUCAUGCCCAGCCCAUCUCAGAAAAUGACAUUGCAUCUGGUGCGUCUUCUGCAGAGAGUAGCUGACUGUGUAGAGACCAAGAUGACCCCCGCUACCCUGGGAACCAUCUUUGCGCCAAUCUUCUUCUUGAACAGGAAAGUGGGAGCCUCCGAAGUGUGCAGUAUAGUUAGUCUCACCGAACCUGCUGUGGCUUUCAUGAUAGAGAAUGCUCAUGAAUUAUUUCAAGCUCCCAAAGAAUUGGUUAUUGACCUUGCUAAUUACUGGAAUAGACUAGAGAAAUCAUCACCUAGUGCAGAAUGUGAAACUUCAAGUGAUCCUCACCAAAUCAAGAAAUCUGUGAGUGGUAGGACACUGGUGACCAAUGUAUGCUACUUGGACCGUGAGCGUUCCAGAUGUGAUGAUGUGGCAAGCAACACACAGAAUGAGUUGCAGAAUCUCUUUGCUCAUGUUCAGUCCUUGCCUGACACUCCACACAACAUUAGGCUCAAAAGUAAAAUACUCAAAGCUACGACCACACCAACUUCAUCUACCAAGAAGCACAAGCGCAGCAAAUCUAUUAGUGCUUCCAUCAAGAAGCGGUUUCCAUCCAUUGGAAGAUCAAAAAGUAGAAAUCCAGAAAUGUCAAGGUUAAGCACAUCAUCUGCCACAUCUUGUUCUUCCAAUGAUGAACCAAAGGACUACUCCCACACUGGCUCAGAUAAGGUGGCAGUUGUCCACUGCUCUUAUAAUAAAUUACAUUCUCAGAGAAAGAGGCUGGACUUCAACAGUUUAUGUUUUACUAAUUCAGGUCCUGUAUUGAGUGAUCUUCUAAUGUCACCUACUUCAUCCAAGCCAACUGGGGACACAAGAUUAUCUCGACCAAGGCAUAAACGAGGCAAUACAAUGAAUACUCCAGCAGACUGUUCCCCCCCUAAGCAAGAGUGCUUGGAACAUUCUCCAUACUCUUCAUCACAGAAAGAGAACCUUCCAGAAAAUGUAUCCCUUCAAGCCACCAACAUUGCAAACGCCUUUAAAGAAAAUAUUUGUCUUUCCUCGACAAAAAUUAAUUCAGAAAAUUCAUCACCAGUUAUUCAGAAUCUGUCGCCAAGGCUGAAGCCACUCCCAUUGUCACUGUCAAAUUCCUUCAGCCCAAAGUACAUCUUCUCUCAGUCUGAGAAUGAGAUCAAUUAUUUGCCAAGUUUCCCUAUCAACACAGUAAAGGCUCCCUUGACACCAAGCAAUGGUCAGCUAAAAUUCUCAAGGAAGGAAUUGAAAUCCUGUAAAGUCCCUGGUACUCCAAUUAUGCCAAGAUGUCUGCUCCACAUGGCCCAGAGUAACAAUACUCUAGAAACAUCUAUAUAGUUUACCCUUUUGCUUAGUCAGUGAAGUGGUACUACUGAUGGCAUGAAGACAUUUUAUUAUGUUCUAAUUUGUGAUAUUAUUUGACAUACAAGUUUUUUGGUCCAAAAAAAUUGUUUUAGCAGAAACAUUUUAGUAUGUGCUGAUGCAACGUCCUCCAAGAAGAAGAGGAUUAUGUGUAUUUUUUCCAUCUCCGGAACUGACCACUGUGCAUAUUUUCAAUAAUGGAGACCAAGUUGACCACACGUGUAUAUAUGUACAAUAUUUAACUCUUAACUUAUCAACCAAGAAGAAUGUGUUCCCUUCCAUUCUCAAAUUGUGAAAGCUAAUUAAGAGCUUGACUGUGUGUGAGCUUUAGUUUGCAAUCAGUGAUUGCCUUCAUUAGCUUUAUAUAGUUCAGUACUCCAGAAGUAUUUCAUCGCAGUGAAUUGAUUUCCAAAACAAGACAUGACAUUCACCGAAGUGAAUUGAUUUUCAAUACAAUUCAUGACAUGGAAUUUUAGUGCUGUGUAUAUAGUGUAUUCUGUGAUUUGAUUUCAACACCUAUUCAUAAUUGACAAUAAUUGCCUUACACAAACUGAACGUCACACUGAAGAUACUCUGGAAAUGAGCAAAAAUCUUCAAGGAAAAUAAAAACAUGGUGACAUAUCAGUGUGAAAAAGUCAAUAACUGUGAUCCUCAAGGAUUUCUUAAAAACAGUUUCACUAGUCAUGAUAAUAGGGAUUUCCUCAUGGAUAACAAACUCCUAUAGUUCCUUAUGGAUAACAAAAUCAACUUUGAAUCAAAGAAACUAUGAAAUGUUAUAAAUUACAAUCUUUUUUUUUUGGUAAGGAACUAACAGUUCAGACAUGACACUUUUCUUCUCAAUUUGAUUUGAUUUUAACCAUUCUUUAUAGUUAAUUUUUUAAUGUUUGCUAUCACAUGAGAUGUUCCCCAUUACUCAUGACAUUAGCUUGGUACCCAUAGUUUUUUUGUGAAAAUAAUUUGUACGUUUUCUAAUACUAAUAUUAGUACAUUAACAAAUUCAGAAAUAAUUAUGUACUCAAAUGAUUUCUUAAGGAUGUGGGUGGCUUACAUUUUCUAUUUGUUCAUGAGCUGCUCAACCAAUGCUUUUUUUUUUUUUAAAUCAUAGUCACUGAUUGUCCAACACCACAUACUCUAAUGCUUUGGAUGAAGCGAUGUUCACUUUUCAUUCAUGCCAAACUAAUUUGGUGUAGACAAGAUCUAGAGCACAAUCCUGAACAUACAACAGUACAGUAUUAUUUAGAUGAACAAUAUUUAUUUGUACAACUUAUUUUUGCUCAAAUGACUAGCUAGUAUUAAUUGACAUGAUAUUACAAGUUUCAUUGAAGUGUACAUACAGGCAACCUUAAUGACGAUAUUUUCUAUGGACAUUGUAAACAUUUGUGUGAGAAUAACAUUAAUUGGUAGUGGAUUACAUUACAAGUGUGACAAACAAACAUUUAUUGAUUGCAUUUUUUGAAUUGCACUUAUAUUGAUUAUGGCCUAUUUUUUUGAUCCACUAAGAACAUUUGAUUAUGGGGUUGAUGGUAGGCAGUUUAUAUGAUUGAAGAAUGUUGUCCACUCUAUAUAAACAACUGUUCAUUUGUAUAUAAUUUUAAAAAAAAAUAUGUUUGUACAGUUUACUCAAAAUGUUUUUAACUACUAUAAUUUGAAGGAAAGUAUUUAAUGCUCUUACAGUAGUUUUGUCUUCUCGUCUCUUACUUUUUAUUAGUUACUUCCCUUUACUAGUUACUCUGAGAUGAAUGCAAGUAACAAGAUGUGAUUAUGUUUUUGAUUUAUUUUUUCACUCUGUCUGUAUCUUUCCAUAUUAAAAAAAUAUCUCACUGUGAUGACCCUAACAUUCUCUCUCUAUAAUCUGAAUUCUGCCUUGUCUCACUUUAAACUGAUGUAUUCCUACUGUCAGCUCUGCAGUUUGCUCACAUGCUAGAUUGUAUAUAAAAAAAAAAGUAAUGUGUAUCAAUGGUAUGCAUGUAGAACAUGAAUUGACUGUAAUCUGCUGGGACUUGUGUCACACUCCAAACAUUCCAAGGUUUUAUUUUAGUUACUUUCUGAUAUAGUUUGCGUGACAUUAAACAAAUAUUUUCCCAAU